UCGUCCACACCUACGACGUACCCCUCCCUCUCUGUCUCUACUCUCUAUAUACUAGGGUUGCCAUGUACUACUACUUAAAUCAUUCAUUUGGGUUAUUGGAGUGCACCACCGUAUGCAUCAAUUCUCCCAGACAACUAGAAUACACUAUCUAGGUUGCUAGAGACCUCUACCACUACGUACUAGACCUUAGAGCUGCCAUGGAGCCCAACGGCGGCGUUGGGGAAGGAGAGGGCGACAUCGACCUGAACCUGUCCCUGCAUCGUACAUCGUCGCCGGAGCCGGUGGGCUACUUCACCUGCACCUACUGCGACAAGAAGUUCUACUCGUCCCAGGCGCUGGGCGGCCACCAGAACGCUCACAAGUUCGAGCGCAGCGUCGCCAAGCGCACGAGGGAGCUCGCCGCCGCUCGUCGCCACGCCGGCGAGGCCGCCAAGGGAGGGAGCAAUGCUACGGGGAGCUCCGUGCACUCUUACUGGAGGGCGGCGGCGCCGCCGGAGCCGGCUCGCGGCCGUGACCUCAUCGCCGAGGAAAUCGACCUGUCCCUCAAGCUCUGAUGGUGCUGGAUUGAUCGAGGUUCUUUGUCACUGCAAACUUAUAGUCGAUUCUCCUUAUUAAUUAAUCCCUUUUUGAGUUCCUGUGAUGUUUGUUCUCGGUGAGAGCUCAUGUCUAGACUCAUUUGGACACUAAAACCAUGUUCCGCCCUCCGUGCUUCCUCUUCCUCUUCCCUUUGUUCUUCUCUUCUACUAACUUAUUUACUGAGACAUGAGUUAUUUAUCAUGUGUAAAGACUAGAAAUGGAACAAGUAGCAAGAUAAAUAUAUACGUACGGUUUCCCAACAAGCAUGGCUGCAUACGAUAUGUGAAGAAGUUACUGCACAAGGUACAUGGAUCGAUUAAAGGGUCUAGGCAUGCAGUGAAACAGCUGCAGGUGUAGCAUCAUUGCCUCGAGAUAGCUAAGCAGCAUCAAUAAUUCGAUCUUGUAUAGCAGAUCUGUGGGUGGUUUUCUUUUGGUGUGUGGUCCAAUAGGCCUUCCAGUAGGAUAGGGUCCUCCUGUCGCUGCAACUGUUUGUUCUGUUCAGUGCAACAAACACGUGAGCUAUUACCUUCCUCUGUCGUUAUUGGGAUGGUGAUACCAACUGAAUAACUGUAAUAAUUUGAAGUGAUGGCGAGGUAGCAACAGGUGGUUGUGCUGGGGACGCACAAGGGAAAAGGUUGUGGAAAAGGAAGAAUCAGCUUGGAAUAAAAUCCCAAGAAAAAUUCUUAUAUUUAUGUAACCUAGCCUGAUGUCCACCACAGAACUUUGGCCUCAAGUGGCCGUGUGAAUGAAAUGACUAUCUGGCGGCAAAUCUGGCUGGUGUUUACUUUGCGGAUGGGCAGGACUCGAUCUCCGCAUUUGAAGCCAUCCGGCAGGUUCUCGGUGAACUCCUUGUACCAAAAGCUCUCCGGACCUCGGUCCGAGGCCCGUUUUCAAUCUUUGGUGUGCCAUGCUUCUCCUCAAGAUGGAGAUCUUCGUCUUGUAAUUGAUCAUGGUUUGCAUCCCCUUUAGUUUAGAGGCUCAGAGGGUGUCAUGGACUCACGGUGUAGGCGAUGGGCUGUGUCAACUAUGUGGCAUAGAACGGGAUAGCAACUACAUACUCACCCGUUCCGUAAUUAUUGUCGCGGUUUUAGUGCAAAUUUAAAGUUAAACACUAACAAGGAUUAUGGAACGGAGGGAGUAUUAUUCUCCUGCAUGAUGGUCCGGUUCUUUGGAGUUGUGUUAGCUUAACUACUUACACUUCUUAGGUGCCCCGCGAACAUUCUAAGCUUCUAUGACAUCAUCAAUAACACCACGAGCUGUGGUUGGAGGCUCUUGUGGCUUGAACUUGGGUGCUUGGCAUGGACCCUUCGAACAAUUAGAAUUCAGCUAGUCCUUGAGCACUACCUUUGUAUGUCUUUCUUUUUUCCGAUAAAGAGCAUAUAUUAAUAUCACGUUGAUACCAAUUACACCUAGUCUCUGCAACAACAUCAUGCCCUAAUAGCAUAAAGGAUGCACACAGCCAAAAAAGAUUGAAGAAUUACAAAAAGAAAAGUCCCGUUACAGAGAUUGAAAACUCUAAACAGCAACUCUGACACCACCAAGACAACACCAAAAGAUCAGCUUCUACAUAAGUGACGUCUCCAAGAAGGAAACAGUGCACAAACGCUGUCGUCGCCCGAUCAUAGAUCUUAGGUUUUCACCCUGAAAAAAGUCCUAUCUCUCAAAAUAAUGCCUUCAACAAAAACAUUGCCAGGCACAACCAGUUAAGGCCAGACCUUGGAUUUCACCCUAAAACAUAGAACUCUGAACUUCUCCCGUGCAGUCGUCCCCACAUACAAUUCCAUGUUCGAAGUCACGAAGCUCCAAGCUAAUUCCUCCUCUUCCACAAAUCUCGGUUUUCAUGACCUUCUCAGCUAGCACCAUGGAAAGGAAACUCCAUGAUAUUAACAACCAUCAGAGUUUCGAAGCGCUCCCUCUGAAACCAAACGGUCAGAUAAAAAAAUAUAGGUGCGCAUGACCGAAAGCACCCAAUCCAGCAAUCUUCAGGCAUUGAUCGCACAAUGAAUUUCGUCGGCAGGUCCUUUUGGAACAUGACAAUCCAGCCAACCCGGCAGGAAGAAGCAUCUGACCGAUCUACACUUGGCGCGAGAGGAAUCCUAGGACAGCCACCAUUAUUCAUGUCAAGCCGAGAAAAAUGACGAGACACACAAAGAUGAUGCCUCCGACAAGGUAACGACGUCAAGCGACGCCGCCGUCAUCCACCAGGACCGAGGUCGAGGUGCGGUUCUCACCGGUUGCCCCGUCACUCCAAGCUCAUCCCUGUCAGGAUCCUCACUACCGGAGAUCAGUGUUGGAUCCCAAGAUCCCCCACACUCGAUCCCAUCUUGGCCGUCCUCCUCCAGAGGAGAAAGGCGCCACAACGAUGCCCGGGGCCACCGCCCCGAUGCCCAGAAGAUGCAGCAGCGCUGCCGACCGUCGUCACCGUCGAAGAGGAGGUCGAGACUUCGCCACCGCGAGCAGCUCCGGCCGACGUCGCGUCACGCAUCUCAGAAGAUACAUAGGUGUGGAGGGCGCCGCCUCUCACCCCUGGCCACUCCUAGCGGGCGCCCGGCCGCCGCCAUGCCGAGCAGCCUUUGGCCAGUGACGCCUUUGGCGGCGGCGGAGGGAGGAGAGGACGGAGGAGAGGGCGCUGGAGGGGCUCAUCGUCGGAUUCCCUGGGCGGCGUGGCGCUGCCGCCGCCAGGGCCGCGUGGGUGCGUGGGUGGGUUAGGUUCUCUUUUAGACGUUCUGUAUCAGGUUCUUGACUUCUUGUCUCAUAUGUCUUUCUUUGUAGGCUAUUUAUAAAGUGGUUAUUUUUCGCGAGGAUGGAGGCCGCUAAGCAAACACAAGAACAUGGACAGGUUUCGGGUUUGAUGACUAGCCUUAUGUGUGGAAAAUAUUGAACCCUCGUGCCAGCUCUAGCGUCGGGAGUUGGCAUCAUUUAACUCUCUCUUUUUUGUUCAAGAAAAUAAGUAGAUUAGGACAUGAAACGUAUCAGCAAGUCUUUCAAUAAUGGCCACCAUCAUCCUACUCCCCAUGAUUAUGAGUCAAAGUUGUAUACUAUAUAAACUAUGAACGGUUGAUAUUGCUGAGUUCAA